GGCAGCUCCUCCUCCUCUCCGCCCCGCCGGCUGCGGGCGCGGGGGACGUCAGCGCUGCCAGCGUGGAAACCGCCGCGGGCCGCGGGAGGCGGAAGUAGUGUCCGGCGCCGCGGGCCCAUCGCCGGACGCCUGAGCCAUGGACGCGUCCCUGGGGAAGAUAACAGACCCUACAUUAGCUGAAAUGGGAAAAAACUUGAAAGAGGCGAUGCGGAUGCUGGAGACCAGCCAGAGAGUAGAGGAGGAGAAUGGGAAGAAGCCAGUAUCUGAGGAUAUCCCAGGGCCUCUCCAAGGCAGUGGACAAGAUAUGGUGAGCAUCCUCCAGUUAGUUCAAAAUCUGAUGCAUGGAGAGGAAGAUGAGGAGCCCCAGAGCACCAGAAUCCAGAAUAUUGGAGAACAAGGUCACAUGGCGUUGUUGGGUCAUAGUCUGGGUGCUUAUAUUUCAACUCUGGACAAAGAGAAGCUGAGAAAACUUACAACCAGGAUACUUUCAGACACUACCUUAUGGCUACGCCGGAUUUUCAGGUAUGAAAAUGGAUGUGCUUAUUUCCAUGAGGAAGAGAGGGAAGGACUUGCUAAGAUCUGUAGGCUUGCCAUUCAUUCUCGCUAUGAAGACUUUGUAGUGGAUGGAUUCAACGCAUUAUAUAACAAAAAGCCUGUUGUAUAUCUUAGUGCUGCUGCUAGACCUGGCCUGGGCCAAUACCUUUGUAAUCAGCUUGGCUUACCCUUUCCCUGCCUGUGUCGCGUGCCCUGUAACACUAUGUUUGGAUCCCAGCAUCAGAUGGACGUUGCCUUUCUCGAGAAACUGAUCAAAGAUGACGUAGAAAGAGGAAGACUGCCCUUGCUGCUUGUCGCAAGUGCUGGAACCGCAGCAGUUGGACACACAGACAAGAUUGGGCGUUUGAAGGAACUCUGUGAGCAGUAUAGCAUCUGGCUUCAUGUGGAAGGUGUGAACCUGGCAACAUUGGCUCUAGGCUAUGUCUCCUCAUCUGUGCUGGCUGCAACCAAAUGUGACAGCAUGACACUGACUCCCGGCCAGUGGCUGGGCUUGCCAGCCGUACCCGCAGUGACACUCUACAGACAUGACGACCCUGCCCUGACACUAGUUGCUGGUCUUACAUCAAAUAAGCCUGCAGACAAACUCCGAGCCCUGCCACUGUGGUUGUCUCUACAGUACUUGGGACUUGAUGGCAUUGUGGAAAGAAUAAAGCAUGCCUGUCAGCUGAGUCAACGGUUGCAAGAAAGUUUGAAGAAAGUGGACCACAUCAAAAUCUUGGUGGAAGAUGAGCUCAGUUCUCCAGUAGUGGUGUUCAGAUUUUUCCAGGAAUUAUCAGGCUCAGAUCCUGCAGUUAAAGCCAUCCCUGUGUCCAGCAUAGCACCUGCAGCAGUUGGCCGGGAGAGACACGCCUGUGAUGCACUGAACCGCUGGCUGGGAGAACAAUUAAAACAGCUGGUGCCUAUGUGUGGCCUCACUAUCAUGGACCUGGAGAUAGAUGGCACAUGUGUGCGAUUCAGCCCUUUGAUGACAGCAGCAGUGUUAGGAACUCGAGGAGAGGAUGUGGAUCAACUCGUCACCUGCAUCCAAAGCAAACUGCCAGUCUUGACCUGUACACUACAGCUACGAGAAGAGUUCAAGCAGGAGGUGGAGGGGACGGCAGGCCUCCUGUAUGUUGAUGACCCCAACUGGCCUGGAAUUGGGGUUGUCAGGUAUGAACAUGCUAAUGAUGACAACACCAGUUUGAAAUCUGAUCCAGAGGGGGAAAAAAUACACACUGCACUUUUGAAAAAGUUAAAUGAACUGGAAUCUGACCUCACAUUUAAAAUGGGCCCCGAGUACAAAAGCAUGAAGAGCUGCAUCUACAUCGGCAUGGCAAGUGAUGACGUGGACGUUUCUGAGCUGGUGGAGACCAUUGCCGUGACAGCCCGUGAAAUUGAGGAAAGCUCAAGGCUUCUGGAGAACAUGACAGAGGUCGUACGGAAGGGAAUUCAGGAGGCUCAGGUGCAGCUACAGAAGGCAAAUGAAGAACGGCUUCUGGAAGAGGGUGUGUUGCGGCAAAUCCCUGUAGUAGGAUCCGUGCUAAAUUGGUUUUCUCCAGUGCAAGCUUCGCAAAAGGGAAGAAGUUUUAACUUAACAGCAGGUUCUCUGGAGUCCACAGAACACACUUAUGUCUACAAAGUACAGGGUACAGGAGUGACACCACCUCCCACACCCUCCGGCACUCGAAGCAAGCAGCGGCUUCCAGGUCAGAAGCCUUUUAAAAGGUCCCUGAGAGGCUCGGAUGCGGUGAGUGAGACCAGCUCAGUCAGCCACACUGAAGACCUGGAAAAGGUGGAACAGCUGUCCAGCGGCGGCCUAGAGCACAGCAACCUGGAGGCCCACUGCGCUGAGCAGCUCCCUAAGGCUCCUGCGCCCACAGCCAGACAGGCUGAGACUCUGCAGAACAAGGCCCAGCGCCCCGAAGAUGACCGCUCACAGGUGGAGGAGCUGGAGCGCCUACGAUAAAGCUCAGCAGCGCUGGGCUCCAGGCUGACAGGCUGUGCUUCAGGGAAGACGAAGCUCUAUUGAAAAUGUGA